UGGUCUUAGUGAGAAAAUCCAUCGUCAAGAAUAUCGAUAACUUAUUACAAUCUCUUUAGUGAUCACUACUGCUACUUCUCUUUGCUCAUCUGUCUUUGAUCGCCUUCUUACUGAAGGAUUGCUCAAAUUUCAUCGCUCAAAAACUUACAUAUUGAUUCAAUAGGCUCAUUUGUAAGGAAAGAGAUGGAAGAGAUAUCCAUUGGAUCUGAUCCUAAUUUUUGUUUUCAAGUGGGAAAGUUGAAAAUAAGUGAGGGAAUGGAUUGUUUAAAAGAUUUAGUAAAACGGUACAAGGACAACUUGACCCCAGAAAGUGCUGGAAGGGUUCAAGAAAUCAUGGCAUAUCUUCAAUCCCUUCAACGACAAGUAGUCCAGGAGAUUGAAUCUUUAGCACAACUGGGAGAAGUACCUGUAUCUUCCAAUGUCAAUGGAAUGGAUUUGCAACAUGGACAGGAAAUCCCUCCAACAAGAGAACAAAAUGCCUAUUUUGGACCUACUCCAAAUCAAGAGAUUGAAAUUGUGAUGAUUCCAAAUAUAGAGAAUACGCCAAGUACUAAAAAAAGAAAGUUGAAAUCGAAGGUUUGGGAGGACUUCAUAAAGUAUGAAAAAGAUGGCAAGGAAUGGGCUAAAUGUAAACACUGUAAGAAAGACUUUGUUGGCUCAAGUAAGAGUGGAACCACACAUCUCAACAAUCAUUUAAAAAGUUGCCGAGGUUUGAGAAAUCCAGUUGGAGUUGUAAAUAAAGAAAAGGAGAAAAGUGUGAUAGAUCCAAAAUCAAAUGUUUCUGAUUUGGUGCUAAAAAUUAUGAAGUAUGGCCUAAACAGCAUAAAGGAUGAUAUACUUAAUGUUUACGAACAAGAGAAGGAUAAGCUUCAAGGGUAUUUCCAUAAACUCUCAUGUCGUUUUAAUGUAACAAUUGAGAACGUUUUAGGCUUAUGGUUCCUAACAAGCUGGUUUAUCGAUGAUAGUUGGGAAUUGAGAAGGAUGGUUAUUUUGUUGGGAGGAAGGGAAGGUGACGAUGAAGAUGAAUUUGAGGCAUAUCAAAUCUAUGAAAGAGUGAAGUCUUGCCUUGAGGAUUGGAACAUAGACAAAAAAGUAUGCUCUAUGGUAGGAGAUGUAGUAUUUAAUGCUGAAUGUGAGAAAGUCGAGGAUAUUAACAACUGGUUCAAUGAACGAUGUUCAUUUCCUUUCGUUGGGAAUUUUUGGUCAAUUUUUUAUUUUGGAGGUGGAUUCUUUUGGAAUUUCUCUAAGGCUUCGAGAAGAUUUGAGCGAAGUUAUAUUUCAGCUAAAGCAUUGAAGAUUUGGGACUACGUCAGGAUGUCAUCAAAUGUAAAUAAGUUCGUAAGUGUUCCUUCAUAUGGGCAGUUCGACUACGAUAUGCUUGAGUGGGUAAUGGGAUGUAAAGAAGCAUUUUGUGAACUGGAGCAAACAGAUCAUCAUUUCAAGUCUAUAAAUUUUAUAAAAAAGGAUUGGGACGAGGCAACUUUGAUGUACAAUGGUUGGAAAGUGUUGAAAGAAUUGAGAAAAGAUUUUGACAACUUGGUAGAUGCUGCAUAUAAAACCGCAAAUGUGUAUUUCCCAAUGAUUUGUAACAUUUUUUUGAGAUUGGUUCAGUUGGGAAAAAGUGAUAAUCAUUACAUUCUUUGCGUUGCAUCAGUGUUUCGAAAAGAUUUUGAGAAAUUUUGGAACAAUUCUAAUUUGGUUUUAGUUAUUACAGUCAUUUUGGAUCCACGAUUUAAAAUGGAUAUUGUAAAACAUUUUUACAAAGAGAUUUAUGGUAAUGAUUCAAAUACAUACCUUAAGAAAAUCAUUGAUGAAGUCACAAAUAUUUACAAGAAAUAUGCAGGGAGCACUAACAAUGGUAUUGCUACAUCAGAAUUAGAAUUCUACCAAGAUUCUAAAUGUCCUCCAGGUGAAGCGUUUAAUAUACUAGAAUGGUGGCGUGUCAAAUCUCCAAUUUAUCAACACUAGUUAAGAUUGCACGUGAUGUCUUAUCAAUAACUCUCAAUAUUCCUAUGCGUGAUUUAGGGAAGUCAUUGUUUUCUGAAGUAGAUAAUUCAUUGUUUUCUGAAGUUGAACACAUUAUUGGUGAACUUGAUGCUGACUUCAAACGAGCUUUGGGAUGUAAAAAUAUUUGGUUGAAUUUACCUGUAAUAAAAUA